UAUGAAAAAUAAAUAAAAAAGGAAAAAAGCGGCAGCUGUACACCAAAACCAGAGUCUCCUCCGUUUUUGUUUCUUUCAUCGCUCAUCGAUUUGAGCUAACAGAAGAUCGUCAAAAUUUAGCACGAUCCAAGCAUAACAGGGUCAGCAAAUUUAACCAAUUUUGAUCAGAGAUCGGGAACUGAGCUGACAAUAUUAUUUUCUUUUUUUGCGGUAUUUCAUUGUUUAUGUUUGGAUUUUGUUUGGCGAAAAUUGGUAUUGUUUCCGAUCUUGAUGUUUCGGGAGAAUUCCUUUUUGGGUUUUGAUGGGUUUUCGAUUAUCUAAAAAAGGUCGAUGAGAUUUUCGAGUUUUGUUACGGUUUUGUAAAGCAAGUUUUGGUUGAUUGAGAUAUAUCUUUUUCCCCUUUUUUGUUCUUUUUCAAAUUAUUUUGUUUAGAAGAAAGUGUAUUUGAUUGGUCUCCUUUUUGGGUUUUUCUUUUGGAUGAUUUCUGUUGGGAGUAGAGAUGGUAGGAAGGGGUUAAGUUUGAGGUAUGGUGUUGAAGGCGGAGAUAUGGAUUUAGAGACUGAACUUGAAGAAGGAGAGGCCUGUUUUCAGAACAAUAACGAUGAUGAUUCAACAAUUGACCCUGACGUUGCUCUUUCUUAUCUUGAUGAGAAACUUCAAGAUGUGUUGGGACAUUUUCAGAAGGAUUUUGAAGGUGGAGUUUCAGCUGAAAACUUGGGGGCAAAGUUUGGGGGAUACGGUUCAUUUUUGCCCACUUAUCAACGUUCUCCUGCUUGCCCUCAUCCAAAGACGCCACCAAAAAUUCCCACCAAUAAUCAAUCCAUAUCUCCAAAUGAUCUUCAUGUAGAGGGUGGUCGUCAGAGCUCUGUAUCCACAUCAAAUGCAUCUCAAUCAACAAAGCAUGGAUCAGUUUUGACUGGUGGUGCAUCUGCACCACCACCAAGGGGUCACUUGAUGAAUGGUAAAGUGAAACAAGAAGGGCACCACUUAUUUAAUAAGGCUGGUGACAAAUUCACUUCUAAUGGACAAUCUGUUAACAACUUUGCUAACAUUUCUGACCAAAAGUCGCUCAAGGUUAGAAUCAAAGUUGGCUCUGAUACCUUGUCGACUAGAAAAAAUGCUGAAAUCUACAGUGGACUUGGCCUUGAUGUCUCCCCUUCAUCAUCAUUGGAAGCUAGUCCUGUAGACAGUGAUGAUUUUUGUCACUUGCCUAAUGGCAGCCCUCAUGAGGAAUCCCCCACUAGUAUUCUUGAGAUGAUGACAUCAUUUCCGGUUCUUGGAGGUCUACUGUUAUCCCCUCUUCCUUAUGAACUCUUGUAUUUGACUGAAAAAGAAAAAUGGGAGGAUAGUAGUUGUGGCUCUGUGCAUAAAAAAAGUCAAGAAAGUACUUUGACAGUUAAUAGGCCUGAUAUUAAAGUUGACCGAAACGAGAAGAAGCCAAAGACCGAGGGUAAUUUGGUCCCACCUGAACUGAAAAACGUUAACAUUGUUUGUGAUGGCAUUGGUGGUGUAACAAAAAAGGAAGCUGACAUGGAUAAUCUGUCUUGUGAAGAACCUCUCUCUAAUGGUAUGAGGGUGGAUUUCAGAAAAGGUGCUGCCUUUAAGGGUGGAUCAUCUGGCGUUAUACCAAAAGAAGAAUCUUUAUAUCCAGUUUUGACACCAAAUGAUAUUCGGGCUGAGAAGCCUUAUAAAAAAGAUUCAAAUUCUGAUGAAAAGUAUCCAACUUUCCCUACAAAAUCCGAUUCAGAUGUUUCCAAGAAUGGAAAAGUCCAGCCCCCAAAGCAGAAGGCUGCUCACAAAGCUACAUCACGAGAAAAAGAUUCCACAAAAUUGGCCACGUCAUCUUCUGGGGGAAAAAAGAAAUCAAAAGGAAGUUUGGAAAAUGGUUUUGAAAGUGUCGAGGUCUUGAAAGUCAAGAAUGACCCUUCCAAAAGUAAAAACAACGCUCACGGGUCGAAAACGGAUGAUCUGAGGGGCAAUAAUGUCAAAGUGAGAGAUACAUACAAAGAUUUCUUUGGAGAACUUGAUCCAGAACUUGAAGAGGGCGAUGACAUGGCUUCAGAGGAAAAGCCUUUUGGGGAUAGGCAAAAGGACAAUAGAGUAACCGAAAAGGGUACUCUAGAAACUAAUAUUUUGUCAAAAGAUAGAGUAAAUGGAAAGAAAGAUCAGAAACCCUCUUCGGUAGUGUAUCCGGGAGUGGCCCCACUUAUAGCCCCGAUAAUGGGACCCACACCUGUUUCUGAUGCAGCUUCUGGAACAGUGCCUGCAGUUGUCAAUGAAGAUUGGGUUUGUUGUGAUAAAUGUGAGAAAUGGAGGCUUCUUCCACCUGGUGUCAAUCCUUCUAGUCUUCCUGAAAAGUGGCUCUGUAGCAUGCUCGACUGGCUGCCUGGAAUGAACCGCUGCAGCAUCAGUCAGGAAGAGACAACAAAGGCCAUUAUGGCCCAUUUUCCAGGCCCAGCCCCUACAGCCCAAGGGUUACAGCUACAGCCGGUGCAUCCUGGUGGGCCCACAUCACUUGAUCCUCCUCCACAUCCUGAUCAAAGACACCAACUUUUUGGUCCACAAGCUGCUGUAAAGAAAAAGCAUGGAACAAAAGAUGUCCCAAAUGAACCGAAACAAGAGAGACCCUCAUUGUCUUCUAACUCUGCAAAAAAGAAUUUACAAACAUCGAAUAAAACUAGAAGCUUGAAUGGUGCACACCACUCUCCCUCUCAUCUAGAAUUUCAAGAUUCUGGCCAAUCUAGUAGCAUGAUUGCAGAAAAGCACAGAUUGAAGCAUAAAGAAAAGAAGAAGCUGCGUGAAAACUUUGUGGAUGAAGGUAAUAAUAAUCAUAAUAAUCAUAACAAUAAUCCUCUUCAAUUGAAGAUUAAGAACAAAAGAGAGACUAGUCAAGAUUGUUCUAGAGAUUCGAAGAAAGUGAAAACGGAUGAUAAUCAUGGGACCGAUAAAGAUUGGGCUUCUGACCAUAGGAAAUAUGAUGAUCGCCUUAAAGAUUCAAAAUCUGCCUCAAAAGUUUUGGGUAUGCAUCCCAAAAAUCCAAACGGAACUCCCCAUGUUGUGCACAAAAGGAAAUCUAAUGAAUUUGAGGAAGAAACGAGUGAAAAUGGGCAUAGAAAGGGUAAAAGGGUAAAAGUACCUGAACCCCGUGAGGAAGAAAUGUUUGCAAGCAAAGGUGAGGGAAGAAUUAGAGUGAUAGAUUCUUCUAGAAAAGAUCAUGUGCCUGUGCCACUGCAUGCUUCAUUGGCUGCUACUUCAAGCUCUUCAAAAGUAUCCGGUUCUCAUAAAACUAAAACCAAUAUCCAGGAAGCAAAAGGGUCACCAGUGGAAUCCGUUUCUUCAUCUCCUUUGAGAAUCUUGAAUCCUGAUAAGCUUAUUAUAUCUUCUAGAAGGAACAUUGAAGGUGUUGAUAAUUGUCAAGAUGUUGUCAGUCCUAAAAAAGACUGGGAGGAAGAUAGAGGAAGUUUCCGAUCAAACACAACAUUCAAGAAGGAUUUAGAUGUAACAGAAUCUUUAGAUAAGGGUUUAGGUAAGGUGGAAAUUGCCCCUUCUCUUGAAUUUGAAACAUUUCGUGUUGGUACCUCAGGGGCAAAACCGUCCGCUCAAGGCCAUAACGAUGACAGAUCUCAUUCCAAUGGGUCUCGUUCAAGGAAAAACGGGAAAGGAUCCUCCUCAAGAUCUAAAGACAAAAACCGGAGUUCUAAAUCUGAUAUUGACAAGAUUAACCUUAAGAUAUCAGAUGUCCCUAUUUAUGAAGAAAAGUCAAAGGCAGGGCGACACAAAUCUCAAGAGAAGCCAUCUGUAUAUCCCGAUAAGUUUGAAAAGGGGUCAGCUUCAAAAAAAGAUUCUUCAAAACCAUUGAGUGAGAACACUAGUAAACGGGAUGCCCAGUCAAAGCAUGGACACAAUGACGAUUCUGCCCCUGUCCCGGUUCAUGACGUGAAGCAGAAUAAUGUGUCGAUGGAACGAGAUGUUGAAAGGAUUUCAAAGAAGGAUGUUUCCGGAAGAGGAAAGUCACACUCUUUACCCCCUACAGGAAAAGGUCAAAAUGACGCGUCACGCCCUCCACAACCUUGUGUGGUUUCUCAAAAAGAAAAUGGUUUACUGGUUGAUGGUGUUGAAGGAAGUGAUGUAUUGAAAGGAGCAAAGCAGAAAAAGAAAGUUGAAAACCAGUCAACGAGUGUAAGACAUCCAACCCCCCCGAAUAGGCAUAAUAAGGGAAGGGAUCAUGAUGCACCGAGUCCACUCAGACGGGAAUCAUCGAGUCAGGCUGCAAGUGCUGUUAAAGAGGCAAAAGCUCUUAAGCACAUGGCUGAUCGCCUUAAGAAUUCUGGAUCCAACCAUGAGAGUAAUUCACUUUAUUUCCAAGCUGCCCUUAAGUUUCUUUAUGGGUCCUCUUUAUUGGAAUCCAGCCGUAGUGAGACUGGGAAACAUGGUGAUAUGAUUCAGUCAAUGGUCAUGUAUGGUAGCACUGCAAAACUUUGCGAGUAUGUUGCACAUGAAUACGAGAAAUCAAAAGAAAUGGCUGCUGCAGCUCUGGCCUACAAAUUGGCUGAGGUGGCAUAUUUAAAGGUGGUCUAUUCAUCACAUACAAACGCAUGCAAAGAUCGGCAAGAAUUGCAAACGUCUCUCCAAAUAGGUCCUACUGGUGAGUCCCCUUCUUCCUCGGCCUCUGAUAUCGAUAACUUGAAUAACAACAACCCAGCAGCUGUUGACAAAGCUGCCAUAGCCAAGGGUGUUACUGAUCCUCAAAUUGCUGGAAAUCAUGUGAUUGCUGCUCGAAAUAAGCCCAAUUUUUUGCGGAUUCUUAACUUUGCACAGGAUGUCAACUUUGCAAUGGAAGCUUCAAGAAGAUCUCAGAUUGCAUAUGCAGCAUGUGGUUCACAACCAGAACAUGCCCACCAUAAAGAAAUAAUCAAACCGGCUCUGGAUUUCAACUUCCAGGAUGUUGAAGGAUUGUUACAACUUUUUGCUGAAGUCGAAGGGGUUGACAUCAAGUUUCUGUCUUUCCAGUUGACCGUUUUGUACAUAAUGGUGUCGUGGAGUUAGUUUACAUUGAGAAAUGACCGAAAUCGUUGAGUAAAUACUUAAUGUAGCAUCGAAGAUGGUUUAAGAAGUUUGAUUUGGUUCACUUUGUUAAGCAUAUAAAGACAUUUAGGUUGCGGUUGUUUGCGAUAGAUUUUUUUUUUUUUUUUUGG